UUUGCACUCAUGCCGUGAUCGCAGGAUCGCGGAUAAGGCCGUGUAAAGGCCGUUAACUAGAGUAAAACCGUCCCGAUCGUGAGGAUGGAUGUCAACGAAAUCUGCCACAGGUGAGCCUUGGCAUGGACAGCAGUGUAUGACUUGCAGAAUACCUACGUAGUACGUACAACCGUGCUUUAUAUACUUACUGCACGACAAGAAGAUUUGAUCUAUAUAUGUUCCGUAUUCCCGAGAAAAGAGCGAAACCGCGAGCUUCUAGAACAUCGGAAAGCCUCAAAGCUGCUGUACGAUGCCAUCCCACUGAAGCUACGACCGGGCGGCUUACUCUACUUUUUGUCUUGACCUCGUCGUCAGACAGCGCGCUGGCCCGCUGGGUAGUACGGUCUCUUAGGAGUAUACUUACUUACGUAUUAGCCGUGGAAAUCCCUACCCUACCCUCGCCGACCUGGUCCUUGCCUCUGGGUCUGGGGUCCCGAGCUGGCGGUUCAGGCCGUCAGAAAGACGGCUACACGAGAUGUGUGCAACCACACUCGGGCCACACUAUGGAUAACAUUACUGUAGUUGGUCCCGAAGCACGGGCUGACAUAGACUAGCUGUCGCAAUCUUACCCUUCUAGAGCACCUAAAGACCCCAUGAUUUAAGCUGGCUGGCUGAG